AUGCCCGACGACCUCGACGACUCGACAGCCGAGCUGUCGGAUCACAUGUCCGAUGUUGAGGAAGACGGAGACAUCAGAAUGGCCGACAACUCUGCUGACAACACCAAUGGCGAAAUCAAGAAAAAGUAUGACCCCAAAGACCCCUCAAGACCGAGGCGCAAAAAGGCCAGGCGAGCAUGCUUCGCCUGCCAGCGAGCUCACUUGACCUGUGGCGAUGAGCGCCCCUGUCAACGCUGUAUCAAGCGCGGUCUCGCAGACGCCUGCCAAGACGGCGUCCGCAAAAAGGCCAAGUACCUCCACGAUGCACCUCCUGAAGCGCUGCGACCAGUCCUGGGCCCCAACUACAACCCCAGCGCGGGGACCACCACUCAAGCCAAUGGCAACAGACAAAACUCGACAACCUCAGAAGCUGCCAUCUCCACUCCCGGCAGCGCAUUCAUGACUGCGGCCAGUACCGCUUCUUAUCCCGUGUACUCGUCUACUGCCCAGGCCGGUGUGGCUCUGUCCCCGAAUCUCGCCUUCAACCCGCAGACAACGGCACCAUCUGAUCCAUUCCCCGCCGCCAGUCCGCAAGCACAAAUCGGCGGCAUUUUGGGAGGAAAUACGAUGGAUUUCAACGCCCUAUUCGACCCUAGCAAUCCUGCUCUAUACAAUUUUGACCUAGAGGGUCUCAACUUCGGCAGCCAGUACGCUGGCUGGGAGUUCGGCAUCCUCAACAAGAUGGGCAUGGGCGCGGAUGUUUCGUCGCGAGAAAACUCCAUGUCACAAUCGGCCGACCCCGCGUACGCGACGCUCUUUGCAAAUGGCAACGGAGCCACCAUGCUGAGUGGUGAAUACGCUGGUACCGAUGCCAGCGCCAACAUGUACACCCAAGGCAAUUUGCAACACGGCCUGCCACAUGCGUACGCCAUCGCAGCAGCACCGCAGUCAUUAGCCAGCCCCAGCACCGACGCAACAACGAGUCCUCAGCCGGGCAAUAAUAUGGACGGGUCUCCCAAGCCAAACAGCUUUACGCUGCAAAACGCCCAUGCGGCGCGCAUGAGGACAAAGCCGGACAAGGUGGCCCAGAUCCUCGGCAAGCGCCAACGCGACUCAGCUGGCAUCUACGCAGCCGUCAAGGAGCCGUAUCCGUACACCAAAGGCUUCCACAACAUGGUGCAGGUGCUGCGCGAUCGCUUACCGCACAGCAAAGUCAUCAAGGUGGCGCGGUCUUUGGCCGAGAUCCGCCCGUCCUUCAUUGCCUGCACCAAGGACCUCACCCGAGAAGACCUGGUGUUUAUGGAAAAGUGCUUCCAGCGCACGCUCGUCGAGUUUCACGACUUUCUGCAGCACUGCUGCGCGCCGACGAUCGUGUGCCGUCGAUCCGGCGAGGUGGCGGCUGUGAACAAGGAGUUCACGGCGCUGACGGGCUGGACCAAGGACGUGCUGCUCGGCACGGAGCCGAACCGCAACGUGUACGGCGCGGCGGCGUCUGGUGAAGACAGCAGCAGCGCCCCGCCACCGCCCCGCAACAGGAGGCCGGGCGAGGCCCAGCAACCGGUGUUCCUGGCGGAGCUGCUCGACGACGACAGCGUCGUCGACUUUUACCACGACUUUGGCCAGCUCGCGUUCGAGGAUUCGCGCGGAAAGGUCCAGCGCAGCUGCCGGCUGAUGAAGUACCGCACGGGCAGCAACGCAAGCGACGACGCCGGCGACGUCAAGGCCCUGACUGUGAACGGCGGCGGCGGCGCGAAAGCUGCGGCCGGGAGCAUAUUGAGCAAUCGCGUGACCAAGAUUGACGGCGAGCACGGCAUCUCGCGCAUCGAAAAGGACGGCAAGGUGGACUGCACGUAUUGCUGGACGAUAAAGCGGGACGUGUUUGACAUUCCCAUGAUGAUUAUCAUCAACUUUUUGCCGCGGUAUUUGCCAAAUAUGGAGCCUCAUCAGCUCGCUGUAUGA